AUGAAACACCCUACCUUUCUUUACCCAUCUGAAGAAGGGUACGUAGGCUCAACGCGUACAUUCUCAGCAUUGCAUCAGACACUACUGAAGCAAAGUAAAAUGGCCCUGGUAUGGUUUGUGCCUCGACGAAACGCAGCCCCUGUGAUGGCCGCAAUGAUUGCUGGAGAAGAAAAGCUCGAUGAUAAUGGUGAACAAACCAUCCCUCCUGGAAUGUGGAUACUUCCACUCCCUUAUGCGGAUGACAUCAGACAAAACCCGGAGACAAACCAUAUUACCGCUCCUGACUCAUUGAUCAAUAAAAUGAGACCUAUAAUUCGGCAGCUUCAGCUUCAAAAUGCGCAAUAUGAUCCACGGAGAUAUCCAAAUCCAUCGCUCCAAUGGCAUUAUAAGAUCCUACAGGCUUUAGCACUUGAGGAAGAUUUACCAGAGAAGCCAGAAGACAAGACCAAACCGAAAUAUAAAGCCAUUGACAAGCGAACUGGAGACCUAGUCAUUGAAUGGGGCGAAGAGCUUGAGGCUCAGUACCGGGCUUUAGAAAAAAGUCAACCAGCGACCUCAACUCUCGUUAAAAGGCCAGCUCCAAGUGCAAAGGAAAUUAAGGAAGAGCCAGCAUCUAAGAAGGCGAAAACCGAAGAACUCGAGGAUAUCAAGGCUCACUAUGAAAAGGGUACACUGAACAAGCUCACCGUUGCCGUUCUGAAAGACUUCCUAACUUCACAUUCUCUGCCAACGUCUGGUAAGAAAGCAGAUUUAGUUGAAAGAGUAGAGGAACAUUUUGGUGGUUAA